AUGCAGUGUAUUAAGCACUGUGAGCCGGACAGUCCCUACCCACCGGUGGAAUACUCCCAGCCUGUGUGGCAGACGCUGCAAAUGUUUGUUGGUGAAGCGUUCUGUCUCGUACUGUACGCUCUGGGUGCAAUCUACCAGUACUACUUUAAUGUGGAAGAGAUUGUGGAAGACGACGAGGAUGAGGCGCUCCUCGAGAACCAGGCGCCUGCCUCCUAUGGCAGCACGGAGGCUACUCCUCCGCGCGGGCGUCAACCUCACCGGAAACUGGUGCGCCGGUCCAGCAGUGUGUGGGUGCCACAGCCGCGGCCGCCGGCGAACGAGUCGACGUUUUCGAUCAUGUCGCUGGCUAAUCCACCGCCCUUUGUGAGUUUUUCACUGCGCUUCUUCUUCCCUGCCAUGUGUGACAUUUUUGCAACGACACUGAUGAACGUGGCUCUGCUGAUGAUGCCUGUGAGUUUCCAUGUGAUGACGCGCGGUGCAUUGGUACUUUGGGUCGGCCUGUUUAGUGUCAUGUUCUUGAGUCACCAUCUCCAUCUCUACCAGUGGCUGAGUCUGGUGAUGGUCAUGGGCGGCGUGGUCUUGGUCGGUUUAAGCAGCAUCAUCGUUCAGCACGAGACUGCGAUGAGCCAGUUGAUCCUUACGUUUCUGGAUGCGUCGAAGGAGUCGGCCGUCAAGACGCUCACAGGUGUGGCCCUCGUCCUUGUUGCGCAGAUCUUCUCUGCGAUGCAAUUCGUCUGGGAAGAGAAGAUCAUGCGUGAACACCGUCUGGAGCCGCUUGUCGUGGUCGGCCUCGAGGGCCUGUUUGGUAUGAUCCAGAUCCUUGUGGGCAUGCUGGUGCUGCACCGCUACGUGGGUUCCAAGCCUUCCGGCCAGGGUGGCUUUUUUGAUUUGCGUGCGGGCUUUGAGCAAACACUGUUGAUUGCUCCUGUGCGUAUCAGUGCCUUCAUGUGCGCUGCCAGCAUUGCGAUGUACAACUCGUUUGGUCUCAAUGUAACUCGCGCUGUGAGCGCCACUGCCCGCAGCACCAUUGACACCUUCCGCACGUUGGGCAUCUGCGCUGUGAGUGUGUGGCUUGGAUGGGAGGUGUUGCGCCCGCUUUCUGGCAGUGUGCAGGCGCUUGGCUUUGCUAUGCUUGCCUACGGCACGUUCCUCUUCAAUGGGGUCGUCUCGCCGCCGCGCUGGAUGCAGCGUUCGCGCGGUUAUCAAGGAGCUGCUUAG